UUUCUUUUUUUUUUGAGUAAAAGAACAUAACCGGACGGAGGCCAUUUCAAUCAUUUUUAUACCAGCUGACUUAGCGUUAGCGUGCAAGACAGGGAGCGAUGGAAACGUCGGAAUGCUGUUGUAUCAGUGUAUGCGACCUGAGAUGCUGAAUAAACAGUUGUGUGUUUUCUAGACAAUUAUUAACCAGGGUUAAAGCGACGGUGAGCUAGCAGGCUAACGGAAAGCUAAAUUAUCACACAAACAAAAAAAUUACCACACUGUAACUACGUCAGCAUAUCAACUGUGCCAUUAACUCCAGCCGGCAACCAGAAGCUUGUGCGGUUCUGCCCCAGUCGCCUACCUCGCCUGAUCUGACUUUCUUGAUCUGAAACCCCAUCAUUUCUUCUCCUGAUCCACUGACCUGCCAUCAUGGCAAAUGCAGACUGUGUCAGUGUGAGAGUCUUCACUCUGAACUGCUGGGGGAUCCGCUUUCUAAGCAAACACCGUCCUCAGCGCUAUCGCAUGAUUGGAGACAUGUUGUGCAAGGAGGAACAUGAUAUUGUUUUACUGCAAGAGGUGUGGAGUGAGAAGGACUAUCUCUACCUGAAAAAGAAACUAGCCUGCUGUCAUCCUCACUCUCAUUACUUCAAAAGCGGAGUCAUAGGCAGUGGACUGGCCAUUUUUACUAAACACAGAAUUCAUGACACAUUUCUUUACCGCUACUCACUGAACGGUUAUCCCUAUAUGGCCCACCACGGGGACUGGUUUGGGGGUAAAGCUGUUGGCAUGGCUGUUUUAAACAUCAACAACCUGACUGCAAACGUUUAUCUCACUCAUCUGCAUGCAGAAUAUUCAAGGGAGAAGGACUCUUAUCUACCUCACAGAGUGGUCCAGGCCUGGGAGCUGCAGCAGUUCAUCCGUCACACUUCUGCUGGAGCAGAUGUGGUUAUUCUCGGUGGUGAUCUCAACAUGCACCCUCAGGACCUCGGCAACAGGCUGCUUAUGUCUUACACUGGACUGCGAGACUCCUAUUUAGAAACUACUAAAUUUGAUGGAUGUGAGAAUGGCAUGACUCUAAUUGCAGACAACCCUUUUAUCAGUAAAAAGGAGCUUGUCCCCUUUGAAAAGGGAAUUCGAAUUGACUACAUCCUGUUCAAGGGUUCCUCCAAAACCGACAUCCACUGUGAUUUCAUGAGCACCACCAAAGGCUUCGUUCCUGACCAUCCAUUUCCAUACUCGGAUCACGAGGCUCUCACUGCUCAUCUGAGCCUGAAGUCACUUCCAGCUGAGGCUGGAAGUGAUCAAUCAAAGACUCGGGACUCUCCUGGAGGAAAGCUGGCAGAAUUGGUGGAUAUUUUGACAGAGGCCCGUACAGAAGUCAAGGUGGGCUUGCACUGUGCCGAGAGGAUGCGCUACACAGCAGCACGUACCGGAGUGAUGGGCUUGGCUCUGCUUUUCCUGGAGCUGGCCAUUGCAGCGGUGCCCUGGUUGGCUCUGGGAGCAGAACAGCCUUUCCCACGUAUCUCCUUUUACCUGCUGGCCACACUGUGUUUCGCCAUCCUGCUGACCACCUUCCUGCUGUACGUCUUUUAUACAAUGGAGCUGAAAUCUCUCCAGGGGGCUGAAGACCAGAUGAGGCUGGCUGUGGGCAGCUUGCAGGAGAAGCUCAGGGGUUUCCCAGUGGCUCAGCCUCACAAUGCCCUCAGGAGGCCCUCAGUUGGCCAUGAUCCCAGUGCCUUGGAUCCAGAAAAAUAAUUUCUAAAUAGGUUCACUGAAAGAAGUCUUAAAAGACAGCUUUAAGAGGCAUUGUUUGAGGAAUGUCCUCCUCUGAAUGUGUUAUAUGCUUUUGAGAUUUAGAUUUAUUCAGUAAAAUGAGCUAUACUUAAUGGACAUUUCUGAAAGUAGUGCAGGGCACAUGCUUUGACAUUUUUAUACUUUUUAUAGUCAUAUGCAGGCUUUUAUUACCCCCAAAUUUUACGCUAUGCACCUGCAGUCCACAACUAUGAAUAGAUCAUGAUUAGAGGUUGUAAAUGUGACACUUCCUGUUUUAAAGCAUCAGGUCCAACUUGCAUUCCACCCACCAGUAGUCUUACUGGGACCAGUUCUUUCUGUUUUGCAUUUCAUGCAUCCCUUUUGUGACUUGAAGAAUCCACACUCCAGUUAUUGUGGGUUCAGUCUGUGUUUGUAUUGAUUGAUUAUUCCGGAUGUGCUUAAAUGCUACCAGAAAACUGUCCUGUGGUUUCCUCUUUGCAGAAGACUCAGACACUCCGAAGGUUAAUGAAUUUACAUUUCAGCUUCCCUGAAUCUUUACCGGAAGAUGAAGAUCCUCGUAAACCAGUAAAAAAAAAAAAAUGUAAAAAAUGUAAUAUUUGAGAAGUUGAAAACUCCAUGUCUCAGUUCUCAUAGUUGCUAUUUUCAAAUAGAAAAUAUCUACAUGUUGAAGACAAUCUACACUCCGUCCUAUAUCUUAAAGCAAUCAAAUACAGUGUGGAUAUUUAUUUGAAUUUGACAAGAAUAGUUUUUAUAUUACUAUUAGAGCUUUAAAGAAAAAUUAAUACACCAUAAGUGUAAAUUAAGUUAAUCACUAUAUUAUUUGAGCAGUAUAUUUCUAGAUCAUCUCAUUUUUAUUUUGCAGGAAAACCAUGUUGUCAAGCAACUAGUGGUUCUGAAUUUUGAUGUUUAUGUAGAAUUUCAGGAGAUACCUGGGGUUCGUUCCAACUGUAAACUGUGAUGAUCAUGAAUGCAAUAAUAAAGAUUUAACAUAC